AUGGCCACCCCAGUCGCCGCCCCUCGUCGCAGUCCUCCGACGAUCAUGACACCCUCCACCUUCACACAAGACAUCUCCCGCGCCAUCAUGGCCUCCAGUCAAGUCCCCAAGUCCAUCAACCUCGAACUCAACCCCCAAGCAAACCUGGAGUUCCCACCACCACCCCCGCCUCCGUCUCCUCAGCAGCUAAUCAGGCGGGCUGUUCUGAACAUCCUCGGUUCGGCGGAUAUUGUCACGUGA